AUGGAUACUUUUUACACCAACCAAGAAGGGUUGUCUUCAUCUUUGACUUAUUUCGCAAGUGGUGAUGGUGGUGCUACCGGAAACUUUGUCGCUCUACAAGAAAACGAGAAACGAAGUAUUACAGCUGCUCCUCUAUCUCUGUUACCGUCACCGUCCCUUGCACAACAACAGCAGCAAGAAAGCUUGGGCAAUGUACCUUAUAACAGAUUAGAACAUUUUUCCAACACGUGGGGUGGCGCUGGCGGCACCUACGGCGCGGAACCAAAUUUGAAGAUCAUUACCAAUGGUGUGUCGAAUGGCUGCGAAUGGAAUGAACAGCAAUAUGAGCCGCUGAGCUCAUCGUGGUCUUUUCUCUCGACUUACAACAACCCAUCACAACAGUUCGGUCAGCAUGAUAAUGUCAUACAAAAUGAUACAAGACCUAUGGUUGGUAUCUCAGAGUUGACGGUAGAAGAUUUCGCUGUUUUCAAAGGGCAUGACGGUGAUUUGUAUUCAUAUAAACCGAUACGAGAAGAAAGCACUUACUGA